UCCCUCUCUCGAUUGGAGCCGAGACAAAAGCAACGGGAAGCGGCGGGCCGGGACGCUACCGGCGGACCCCGGGCGCGGCCGGACCGGCCCCGGGGCAUUCCCCCGCCUUGCGGGGGCCCCGAAUCCGCCGCCCCCGCCGCGCGCCCCGCUGCCAGACUUCCGAAAAUUUGCCAAAAACUCACCGCAUGAAUUUUCUUGUCCCGCGGAUCCAAGAUGGCGACGUAUCCACCGCGGAGGCUGCUGGGAGCAAGACCUUUACCCUCUGACCGCCGCCGUGACCCCCGUCGCUCUGGCUUCCCUCCGGGUGGCGGCGGAAGGUGGGAGCGGCGACUGCAAAGCAGCAGGGAUGGGGUGGGUAGGCCGCUUCCAGCGCGCUUCUAACAAGGUGGAGAGAGGCGCUUCACUCCCCUACCGCCCUCUCACCGCUGCUCCGUCUUGUCUCCCAUCGACUCACAGGGAGGCUUGCUGCUCCUCCGCGGCCGUUACAGAGAGCGGGGCUUCUGCGGCCGCUACCGUUUCCCUGGGGCCAGGUUGCUUCGCAGAGGGCUCUGGCCCUGAGUCCGAGGGAGACCGCAGGGUCCAGGGGCGAUGGAUGCUCCCGCAACCUCCGGAGCUUGUGCGCGUACUUCAGGGACCGGCACCACGUCACCGUCACCUUCUGAGUAGUGAGUUCCCCUCUGAUGAAACCACUGGUGUAUUUACUCACCAUCCUCACUUUUUUUUUCCAACCUGAUGGAAGGAAGUACAUAAUGGAGAGCAAGUUUUUGAAGCACGGCCGUGUCGUGUGAACUUGCUCUAGCCAAAUCAGGUUUAUAGCACUUUUUCUGACUCUCAUUCCCCCCAGUCUGCACAUAAACAAGAGCGACCAGCUGGGUCAUCCGCAGGACCAUUUGAAAUUAUUGUGGCUUGGGUGGAAACUUAAAGGAGUGAAGUAUCUGCUUUCCGGAAAAAUCGUUGUCGUUCAAAGUGAAAUUAAACUUGUUUUCUUUGCAAUAAUUCCCCUUUAUUUCUUUGUAUGUCUGUAAACUCUUCAUUCUUUUUGUAAUUACUAGACAUUUCGUUCUUAAAAAGAGCCUCUGCAUGUGUGUUUUGGAAUUAUGUAGCUUCAUAAUGUGAAAAUUGUUCUUUUCUAUUUGAGUAGUUAAUUUGAAGUAAAUAAAAUGUCUACUUC